CCCGUGUUCUUCAGUUACGCCCUGUCCGGCAGCUAUAGCGCGCCCACCGACUGUUGCCGUAAUCCAAAUAUACGCCAGUGUCUGCCCAUACGUAUUGAGCCCACGCCAUACGACUAUCACUACGCAAAGUAUAACAACACGUGCAUGAAUUUUAUCCGAUCGGCGCCCUGUCCUCUAUGCGAAAUCGGGCCGAGACAACAGUCCAAUAUCGCCACCUCCUUCCUGGACGCCGGCACUAUCUAUGGCAACACUGCCAACGACUCGGCGCCCAUCCGUACCUUCCGAUUCGGCCUACUGAAGACAAGUCAGGAUCGGUUCGGGCGGCCAAUACUGCCGACAACACCCGCGCCCUGGAAUAACGAGUGCAGCCCUCCGUCGGCGGGUAUGCAGUGUUUCUACGCGGGAGACCAGCGAUGCAAUCAACACCCGUCGCUCAUGUCUAUGCACCUCAUGUUUUUGCGCCGACACAACCUCAUAGCCACGUCAUUGCGCGCUGUGAACGGCCACUGGACCGACGAGACCCUAUACCAAGAGGCCCGCCGACUCGUCAUCGCCGAGAUUCAACACAUCACGUAUAAUGAGUACCUGAGGAUUGUUUUUGGUUCGCAACUCAUGGACUACUACAGCCUGAAUGUGCUGAACCGGGGCUACACGGCCUACGAGCCCGACACAGACCCGACCACUUGGAAUGAAUACGCGACCGCCGCCUGUCGUUUCGGUCACUCCCAGAUCAGGAGCUUUCACUCGGCGUUUGGCAACCAAUCGGCCGGCAGUUAUCACCUGAAGGAUACUUUUAUGGACCCGUCGCUACUCCAUCGCGGACUGAUAAAUUUAGAGAUCCGGGCUUAG